GUCAAGCUGGGCCUGUUUCUGUGCUGCAUGGCUUUAUAAGUCUAUAACACCCAUAGCUUCCAGGCAGUUGCUGACUAGAGAGGAUAUAUGGUUUGGCAAAUACAUGUAUUCAAGUUAUUGUGCUCUAGUCUGGUAUGGCCCAGGAUAGCUUCACCUAAUUCGCUCCAAUGAUUUGCAGCAGAAUUAGCACAGGUCACAUUAGAUGACAUCAGUGCAGCACUGCACAGAAUGUUGUGUUCUCUCCCCACAGGAAGUCCUGAUAUCAGUGUUCCAGAGAUAGGUUCAUUCCAAGCAAGACUCAGAUUUGAAUUGUUCCAGUGAGAGGUUCCAAGAAAUACAGUUAAACUGGCAGUCCACCAGGGCUGAACACCAAAAACAUUGCUUUCAACAGAUGAAGGAAAUGUCAUCGGAAACCCCACCAGGACUAGAACCACUUCUGCAGAUGGACAAGAUUAUGAUAUUUCAGAAGAUUGAACCCAUAGAACUCAUACUUGGGAUUGAGACGGUCAACAAGUAUGAGGUUAAGGACAGUCUUAAUCAGCAGAUCUACUAUGCCCUUGAGAAGAGUAACAUAUGCUGCAGAAUGUGCUGUGGAAAUAGCCGAGCAAUGAAAAUCCGCAUUAUUGACAAUACGGACACUGAAGUAAUGUGCCUCAUACGGUCUCUCAGAUGUCAAACCUGCUGGUGUCCCUGCUGUUUGCAGGAGAUGGAAGUGCAAGCUCCACCUGGUCAACCAAUAGGAUACAUUAUCCAAAGAUGGAACGCAUGUAUACCAAGGUUUUCUAUUCAAAAUAAAAGCAGACAUACUGUCCUGAGGAUAUGUGGUCCUUGUUGUCAAUCUGGCUGCUGUAAUUCUGUAAAUUUUAAGAUACAAACCCUGAAUAAAAAGGAAGUAAUAGGAAACAUUGCAAAGAAUUGGAGUGGAGUAUUGGUUGAAUCUUUUACAGAUGCUGAUAACUUUGAAGUCACCUUUCCGAUGCAGUUGGAUGUUAAUAUUAAAGCAACCCUGAUGGGGGCCACCUUUUUAAUUGAUUUUAUGUAUUUUGAAAACUGAUGGAUGGGAAGUUGCUGAUUGGAAAAUGUAGAUAGGAAACAAUGAUGAUUAAGUAAGAAAGCACAUUAGCACCGCACACAACCUUAUCUGCAUUAAACCUCAGUAACUGUGGUACAAUUGCAAACAAAAAUUCUGUUGACUCUGUUUAAAUUUACAGAUAUUUACAUUGCAAAGUUAUUUCCAGAUUUAUCCCCCACUAAGGAGCCUGUCUUUCCUGGAGGAUCUUAUUGGUUGAAAAAUAAUUUGUUUGGUUAUGAUGCUGAUUAAGGUAAAGUGUGAUCACUUAAUAUUGAGCUGGGGAGGCGGGGAAGGACUAGAGAAAGGAAGGGUGGAGAGAGAGGAGCUUGUGUGUGAAAGGUCUGAGCAAUAUGAGUAAGGUGAAUGUAAUGUAUAUCAAUUAACGUUCACAGGCAAAAUACCUUGAUAUUACAUCUACAGACAGCAACUCGAUUUUAAAAUAAAAUUAGAAAACACUGAACAUACUCCAUGUCAGUCAGUGGUUAAAGGGAGAUUUGAUAGAAAUAUAUAAAAUUAUGAGGUGUCGAUAGGGUAGACAGUCCAAACCAUUUUCCCAGGUGGAAACGUCCAACUCUGGACGGAAUGGCCAAAAGGUGAGAGGGGGAAAGUUUAAGGGUAAGUUUUGUAUAGGCAGUAGUGGGGGCCUGGAAUGCAUUGUCUGGGGUGAGGGUGUUGUUGCAAUAUGAAAGUGACGUUUACGAGGAUUUUAGAUAGGCACGCGGAAAUGUAGGGAACAGAGGAAUAUGGAUCAUAUAUAGGCAGAUAGAAACAUAGAACAAAGGAACAUAGAAAAUAGGUGCAGGCAUAGGCCAUUUGCCCUUCGAACCAGCAACUCCAUUCAAUACGAUCAUGCUGAUCAUCCAAAAUUAGUACCCCAUUCCUGCUUUUUCCCCAUAUCCCUUGAUCCCGUUAGCCCAAAGAGCUAUAUCUAACUCUCUGUUGAAAACAUCCAGAAUUGGCCUCCACUGCCUUCUGUGGCAGAGAAUUCUACAGAUCCACAACUCUCUGGGUGAAUUAGUUUUUCCUCACAUCAGUCCUUAAUGGCCUCCUCUUAUUCUUAAACUGUGACCCCUGGUUCUGGACUCCACCAGCAUGGGGAACAUAUUUCCUGCAUCCAGCCUGUGCAAUCACUUAAGAAUUUUAUGUUAAUGAGAUCAGUUUAACAAGGCAUCAUGUUAGGCAAAGUGUUCUAUGAUCUAUGUAAUAUGUUACAUGAAGAGGCUCAAAGGAUGAGUCUCAGGGAGCAAAAUUGUAAUGGCAGCACCAGUGUCAACAUUUGCUGUCUGAAAGAAAAAUGGAUGUAGCAGUCCUGAUCUAAAUUUCUUGAACUUAAUCCAGAGCUCAGUGAAUGUGUUCUUGCUGAAUUCUGCAAAAUUCUAUUUUAAACUUGUUUUUUGACCUGGAUUCUGAAAUCAACAGAUUGAAAGUUUUUUUUCACAUUUGUGUCCCAUGUUAUUGCCAAACUUUUGAAAGUUGAGACGUUGCUGUGCAGUUGCCGAUCAAUGUUUACUUUUCCCGAGUGGAACUUCAUCUUGUGUUGGACUGAGAGUGCAGCUGCAGGCAAAGGCAUCUCUUAAUUGGCAGACUUCCUUGGUUUUGGGCUCCAAGUAAUCAGUCCGUGGAAUGUGUUCAAACACUUUACUUUCACUUUACUUGGUUUAAAUUCUCAUCGGACCAAUAUUUGGAAGGUCGUCACCCCGUGAGGUACUUUCAUGGACUAUUUCCAGAUAGUUCAAUGCCAACCACACAGAAGGGCCUUAAUCAGUAAUAACAUGAGCACUGAUUUAGAUUUCAGCCAAAAGAUUAUUGAAUUGGCUGGCAGAAAAAAUACAGGUUAUUUUUGGUUUUGAGUCCAUUGAUAGAGUCAUGAGGGAACAUACCCCAGUUGCUGGCUGUUCUGCAUAGUUGCAAGUACCUGAUGCUCAAUUGGGAGUAAGAAAUGGGACUUGUUACUCUUCAGGGUGAUCCUUAAUGGGUAUCAAAGGCAACCCAAUAAUUUUUCGGCCAAAAGAUUUAGGUCAGGCAUGUCAAUAAAUAGCAGGGGAACAAAGAAAACGUGGGAAAAAUAUUUGCAAGGAUAAAAAGCAGUAGCUUAAACAAUUCUAUAAUCAUGUUAUUUUAACAUCUGGUGUGGGGUAUGAACAUUGACUAUCAUGUGGAGGAUCGAACGGACAGCACUGGCUAGGUAGGCUGCUGUCAUUCUCAGAGCCUGAGGUACACACUUGUGUGGGAGGAAGGAACCUCUGAGACCAGGAAGAGAGCCAUCAACACGUACCUGCUCAUAAUCAAAAACAUUCACCUGAUCAAUAUCUGCACGCUAAAAGCAACAUGUGAUUUUUUUUUAAUGACUGAAUCUCAUGGAGUAGCUCCAACUAUUUCAAUGGUACAGUUAUAAUUCCUGCAAAAACAAGUGCCAACUCUGCUUACCAUCGAAGGUUAAAUUCACUGUUCCGAUGCAACUGAAUUACUGGUGGAAUCAAUUUAUCCUAAAUCCAACACUGCUGUAAUAAAGCCAGAUUGGUAUGUUAGGUGGUUUUAUUUCAUUACAAAUCACUGCUCUGAAUAAUUUGAAUGGUCCUAACGGUACAUUAAGAACGACCCCACUGAUGUAACUUACUGUCUUAAAAGGGAAUACUGAGUUUACUGUAGUACCUGUGUUUGUCGGAGAAACUAAAAUAAACUAGGAUUCCACUUGAUAUUAUUUAUUAUUGAUUUUGAAAUGUUCCUCACUCAAACUGGGAAUGAUUGGGUUAAUCGGGAAUGGUUAGGUCAGCAUAUGAUGAGCGUUUGACGACACUGGGCCUGUAUUCGCUGGAGUUCAGAAGGAUGAGGGGGAACCUAAUUGAAACUUACUGAAUAGUGAAAAGCCUGGAUAGAGUGAAUGUGGAGAGGAUGCUUCCACUAGUCGGAGAGUCGAGGACCAGAUGGUACAUCCUCAGAACAGGAGGACAUACCAGUGGAAGGAGAUGAGGAGGAAUUUCUAUCACCAGAGGGUGGUAAAUCUGUGAAAUUCAUUGCCGCACAUGGCAAUGGAGGCCAAAUCAUUGGGUAUUUUUAAAUCAGAGAUUGGCAGAGCUCUUGAUUAGCAAGGGUGUCAAAGGUUGCGGGGAGAAUGCUGGUGAAUGGGGUUGAGAGGGAAAGAUAGAUCAGUCAUGAUCUAACAGCGGAGGAGGCUCGAUGGGCCAAAUAACUUAACUCUUCACCAAUGAACUUCUGAAUAUAAAUAAAUGGAAAUAUGCCAAACAAUACUAGACAUUCUUCCAUUGGACUGAUUGUGCAAUUGCAGGCAAAAUUGUAUUUUUAAUUGGAAGACUAACUUGUGUUGGGUACCAAGCAAGCAGUCAGUGGAGUGUGUUAGAGCACUGCCCUCUCAUCUCUUGGUGUGAAUUCUCAUCGGACCAAUGUUUGGAGGUUAUCGUCCCAUGAGGCAAUUUAAUCAACUACUUGCAUAUAGGUCAAUGCAGACAGCACAGAAGGAACUUAAUCAGUAACAAUAUGAGAAUGGUGUUAGGUUUCAGCCAAAAGGUUUAUUGAAUUUGCUGUCAGAAGAAAUAUAGAUUUUUGUUGGUUUUCAUUUGCAGUUGAAGUGCAUUAGUAUAGUCAUGCUGAGUGAGUUUAGUCCAGCCACUGGAUUGUUCCACACGUGGUUAGAACUGCCUCUCGCAUAACCUAUGUAAGAAAUGGGAUUUGUUGCUCCCUAAAAUAGUCCUCUACUGCAGUGAUUCCCAACCUAGGGCCAUAUGGCCAUUGUUACUGAUUUGCCAUUGCCAUUCGCCAUGGCAAAUUUCAGGGGGGCCACAGGGUCAAAUUUCACUUUUAUUCUGCUAAUAAUGUCGGGGGCCACAGAAAAAAUAAAGAGCCCAAGGGGGCCAUGAACUAAAAAAGGUUGGGAACCACUGCUCUACUUAGAGACACAAGGAAAUUCAACUUAGAGACACAAGGAAAUUCUGAUGCUGGUUUCCAAGAAAAAC